UUACUUGUAGAAUAUAAAGUUACUUUAUUUUGUUGCUUUAUGUAAACUGGUUUAGUUGGUUGACUAAAAUACUUAUGCUAACACUCACCAGUGGGGACCAAUUACCAUUGAUGAUUAUUAGCAUACUAUUAUGUUGUCAAUAACAAACAUUUUUAAUGUUAUUAAAUGUCUUACAAUUUGUUUUUGGCUUGAAAAGCCUGAAGGUGGACUAGCUGCUCUAAAUGCCCCUAGGUGUGAGUAAGUGAUUUAAUGAGUGAGUAAAUGGUUAAGUGAACAAACUAUAUAGACAAAAGUGUUGGGACACCCCUUCUAUUCUUUUAAUUAUUUAUGCUUCCAACUUUGUAGUAACAAUAUAGGGAAAUCCAUUUUCCAUUCCCAGGAUGACUGUUGUGUGUCCCUGUGCACAAAACAAGGUAUAUAAAGACAUGAUUAAAAGCUUGGUUUAAAGAAACUUCAGUUCUGCACAGAGACCUGAUCUCAUUGAGGCUUUUAGUACUCAGCCAUAAAAUGCUUUUUUGAUCGAAUGGGCCCAAAUUUCCACAAACAAACUUCAAAGUCUUGUGAGAAGCCUUCUCAGAAAAGUGUUGUUAUAGAUUAAAAGAUCAUGUAGAGGUCACUCUUUUGUAAUAUCGUGAUAAAGUGUCCAUAAACUUUUAGCCAUACAGUGAUGCCCUGUCUAGGGUGUAUUACUGACUUGUGUUUAAUCUUUCUGGGUUUACUCUGGACUAGGGUUGCCAACCGUCCCGUAAAAUACGGAAUCGUUCCUUAUUUGGUAACUAAACAUAUUGAACUGAUACCGGACGCGCUUUGUUUUUUUUGUUUUUUUAUCAAUGGGAGAGAAAUGCUGAAGAUUAAACUGAGACAGGGCGUGGGAAUUAGAAAGCGUUUGGUUAUUAUUUUUAGUAGUUUUCACUUUUAGUCAUAGUAACGCCGUAUGUGCGCAGGCAUAUCAGCAUAACAACCUGUUUAUUAUUCCACUGUUUGAGUAGUGCAGUGGGCAGAGCGCAUAGCGCAUAUUUUUCCGCCGCAGGUUCGAAUCCAGCUUAAGGCGAAACUAAAGUAACACAAGCAGGUCUGGCGCUAUGGGGCCGCUUGGGUGGGCAUUGCCUCACUGCCCCCCUAAGCAACGCAGUCCAAAACUGGGGCGGCAUGUCAGUGUGAAGAUGGAUUAUGUAAAAAUGUUGUUUGCACUAUUGAGAAAAAAUGUUACAUGAUUUUCUUUAUGCAUGUCGUUUUGCCUAAAAUAUGGUUCUGAUUUAUUAUUAUAAAUAAUGAAAAUAAUAAAUUUUUAAAUUUUUGUAAAUGAAACAUUUUGAUAAUGUUCCUAUGACGUAUUUUUUAUACGUGCAACCCUAACCGCCCAGGACCUUCUUGCUGUGAGGCGACAGUGCUACCCACUUAGCCACCGUCCGUGCCACCCAGCCUAGGGUGUUCCUUAUUUCCAGUUCUGAAAGUUGGCAACCCUACUCUGGACCCAUCACAAGCCUUAAAAUAAUGAAACAUGCACAUGGGAAUGCUGUAAUUAGGAAAACAUAUGAAUGCCACGUAUGAAGUAUUAGCCUCAUACAUUACAUUGUUAGCUCAACAAUUAAGAUAAUGGAGUAGUAAUUAUUAGGUUGCUUGUUCAUGCCUCACUGCAACUGUGUUGACAUCUUUGGCAGCUUGAGCAAUUAUGCUAAGCUAAGCUAAAAGCUAAAAAAUGAUUGUUGUCAAUAAUGACAACAAGACAGCUUUAUGUUGGUUUUGAUAGUUUGACAGUAUAAUUUGAUCUGAUUUCUGUUAUGUUGUGUGUUGUCGUUUUAACCGGAACGUUUGCUGUGAGACCUCGGGAGUAGCACGGAUUGUUGUUGAAGUUGUACCAGGUGCUGUCAGACGAGGGGCAUUCGUUUUGUAGAUGGCUCAGGAUGGCAAGGUCCUGGCUCUGGGAGUCCUGGCCGGGGCAGCAGGGAUCAGCUUGGCUGCUAUAUGGUACCAGAGACGAAACUCCGUCGUAGGGGCUGCAGAGAGGGGGAACUAUCGCCUCUUCACCAGCAGCAAUGCGAGCCAGCUAGGAGGCAGUGUGACUUUGCAAGCAGGCCAGGCCGAGGUGCUGGACCGGCUUGGCGCUCUCAUUCAGUGUGUGUCUGAGCUGAAACAGGAAGUCAGGGCAUUAAAGGAUGCUCUCCCUGACCUGUCGGCCCACGUCAGAGAUGAGCUGAGGGGUCGUAGUCACAAAGCCAGCACACUUAACAGAGCCACGCCAUCUAGAAGGAAGAGAGCCAGUGGUGCAGCCAGAGCCGAGGGGCAGAGCUCAGAGGAGGCAGAAAGUGAAGGAGGGUAUAUCACAGCACUGACCGACUCUGAGGACGAGGGUGACAGUGAUGAAGGUCGCAAAGUUGAAGAACCGGUGGAUGAACUUGCUGUCCUGUUAAAGAGAGCUGAUGAGCUACAUAAACAUAAUGGAGCUGAGAAGAAGGAGGGUCUCACUGCUUUGCUGGAGAAAAAGGAGGAGUUUGAUCAGAACUGUCAGUACCUGUGGCGGCUAAGCAGAGCCUACGCUGAUGCUCACGAUGUAGCUGAAGACGUGCAAGAAAAGAAGAAAUGUGCUGAAAAUGGAAAGCAAGUUGGAGAACAAGCUGUUUUAUUGUAUCCCACGUGUGCUGAAAGUCAUCAGUGGUAUGCUAUUCAGUGUGGACUUUUGUCAGAGUAUGAAUCUAUCCAGAAUAAGAUAAAGAACGGCUACCUUUUCAAGGAUCAUCUUGAUAAAGCUAUCGAGCUGAGGCCUCAGGAUCCGCUGUGUUAUUAUUUGCUGGGCCGCUGGUGCUACGCUGUGGCACAGUGUACUUGGAUUGAAAGGAAAAUUGCUGCAACACUAUUUGGAGAACCUCCAAGCGCAACCAUUCAGGAUGCCUUACAGAACUUUCUGAAGGCAGAAGAGAUUUGUCCCAGGUAUUCCAAGUUCAACUAUGUGUUUUUAGCUAAGUGUUACAAAGAACUUGGACAAAGAAGCCAAUCGAAGAUGAUGUGUGAUUCUGCAGCUGCUAUGAGUACAGUAACUAAAGAGGAUGAGGAAGCACAGAAAGAGCUGGACUCUCUUGUCUCUUCUCUUUAGUUUGUUUGCACAAAGGAAGAAUCCACAGGUUAGGUGAUGGUGUGGACUCAAGUUGUGAACAUAUGACUGUUAUUUUGAUGUUUUUCUCAUCUUUUACUGACUGCAGAUAAUUUCUGGACAUUAAGGACAACUACAGUUUGAUCUGAAAUGUUAUAAUACUGUGACGUACAUUUACUAUACACUUUAGUAUGCAAUAUGUUACAGGGUGUCCCUAAAGUCUGGACACAUAGGCAAAGUUUCAGUACAUUUUUCAACAACAUUUUAUUUCAUUUUAAAUGUGUCCAGACUUUAGGGACACUGUAUUUGAACAAUAAUUUACUUCUCAGAUGUCUUACAUUAUAACACAUUACAGUGAUCACAAAAACUGCCUUUUGUUUUAUAUAUAUAUGUACUGCAGAGAGGUUCAGUGCUGUGUUUGCUGUAACCUCUGCAGUAGUUAGAAGUGUAACAUUAAUACUGUAACAGCGGUACCAGAAGUCCUUAAAUUGAAGAAAACAUGCUGUUAACUGAUAAAAUAUGAUUGAAGUUUUAUAACACAGGUUAUGUGCACACUCACAUUCACUAAGUACAUUCACUUAAGGUAAAAACAGAAACAGGUCAGCAGUGUGGCCUGCUAAUAGAGUGGGUGCUCCUCUGCAAAAUGGGUCCAAGGACUUGGGUUCGAUCCUUGUCUCUGAUCACUGUUUGAAGAUUUUUAGCACAUUCUUCCUAUAUCCAUGUGGGGUUCCACUGGUAGCUCUGAUCUUUUCCCACCCCAAAACAUGCAGAACAUGCAGUAAAUCUGUAAAUAUGGGAUUAAAUGUGUGGAUGUGUGUUGCCCUGCAUUGAAUUGGCUCACAGUCUACAGAGUGUUUAGAGUAACCCUGACCAGGAUAAAGCAGUUAGUAAACAUGAAUGAAUUAAAAAACGGGUUGGAUCAUUCAGAGAAGGAAUAAAAUCUUAGGAUUCUGUACCUAAUAAUUCUUUGGAUGGCUCAUAGUGGCUAACCUGACACUUCACUCUGUAAUGACUUUGUUUCAUGAAGCUAAGGUGUAUAUUUAUGUUUUUCCUUGAUUGUAUUAUUGUAAACUAAUACCAAUGUUAGUGUAAAGAAAAGUAUCUGAUAGCAGGCGGGAAAUGAGAGACUUUGUUACUAGCAGAAAUUUACCACCACAGAAUUUUUCUGACCCACACCCCGAUUGAGAGCGAACUGACACACGUGUGCAGUACCGGCUGCGUCUUUUCACCUGCACGAGGCGAGUUCAUAUGCGAAUCAGCUUUUGUGUACAGAGAGCCACACCCUGAUCGCAUUAUCCCUCAACUCUGCGCAGGCACCAUCAAUCAGCCAGCAGAGGUCGUAAUUGCAUCAGUUAUGAGGUCCUUUCCGGCUUUUCCCUCCCUGUAUGAACAACAAGCCAAUUACUGUUUAUGUAACCGCCCAGCCGGAUGGCAGAGCUGAGAUUCGAUACGAUGUAUUCGAAAUUCCAGCUCUGUUGUGUUAGUGUGUUUUACCGAAAAAAUUUAAAUUGACUCCACAGCUUUGGCUGAGUUCUUCAUGUCUGCUUUAUUAUUUGCAAAACUAUGCAGACCGAACUGAUUUGGCGUUUUACUACACACUUUAAUGUUAGCAAUCUGGUACUAAAUUUUAAUUAAAGGACAAAAAUAAUUAAAGAAAAUGCUCAAAUACUUAAAUUAUAACUUUGGUACAGAUAUUAAUGUUUAUAUAUUAUUAUUUUGAUGUCUAAUGUACAGUAUUUUUCUCUUCAUGUCACUGAGCACCAAUCACCUUUCACCUUUCUUUAGCGCAAGUCAAAAUCUGCUGAUCUUACAGUUCUCACUGUUCUUUCUUCUUUUUCCCGAUUGUUCGCUUUCUGUUAGUUUUAGAUGACCACAUCCUGUCUUUGGGCUUGACUCUUGGAACAGUAUCAUAUUUAUAUAGCCAUGAAAAGCUAUUUCAGUUUUCCCACUUGUACUCAUAUCAGUAGCAUUGUUUAAGCAAACUGAUUACUGAGCCAAAAUGUGCUGGUGUUUCCUGUUGCUUUUGUAAAAGGUAGGAUAGAGAUGAUUGUGUUUAAACUCAAUACUGUUAUACUCACUGAUUGUAAACGAUCGACAAAAUUAGUACUUGUGUCAAUGUAUUUUAAUCUGUGUGUCAUAUCACAACAUGUAUAUGGCUUCAGUUCAAUGUUAUACCAGUGUUAUGGUUAACAUGUUCUCAUUAUACAUACAAACUUCCAAUCUAGUUAUAUCCAUUUAACACACUGCAUUAUGCUUCCUCUCUACCGAUGCUCAUCUCUGCUUGUGAUCGAGGAGAGUGAGACUAACACACGCCCCCUCAGACACAUGUGCAGUAGCUGACUGCAUCUUUUCACCUGCACAGGGCGAGUUUGUAUGCACAUCAGCUUUGUGUACGGAGAGCCACACCCUGAUCAGUGCAUUGAGAUCAAUGGACAGUGAGAUUCCUUGACUCAGACAAUCAGCCAGCAGAGGUUGUAAUUGCAUGAGUUAUGAGUUAUGAGGUCCCGGCUCCGGCUCCCACCCUGUAUGAACAACAGCCAAUCGUUGUUCAUGUAGUUGCCCAGCCUGCCGUAUCGACGAGUUCGAAGUGUCAGCUCUGGUGCGCUAGGGUGUUUUACCGCUACGCCACCUGAGCGGCCAGGUUUUAUUUUUUAUAUAAAGUAGGUAAAAGUUGAUGGAAACCCUUUGUAUUAGGUGGGUAUAGAUAUUUAGCCAGACCUAGUGCUGAAACAUAUAAAAAUAAACUGUCAUCUGGUGCAACACCUA